UUGUGUCCUAGGCCCGGGGGAACCGGGGCUGCGGGCCCGAAGGGCUGCAGGGGGAACUGUACCCGGGGAACGGGGCUGCGGGGCGGGGGGGAACCGGGACCGGGAGAACCGGGGCUGUGGGCCCGAGCGGCUGCAGGGGGGACUGUACCCGGGGAACGGGGCUGCGGGGAACCGGGACCGGGAGAACCGGGGCUGUGGGCCCGAGCGGCUGCGGGAGCCGUGCCUGGCAGGCCCGUUGCUCCAGCCUCGGGGCAGUGAGGGAUGCGGGGCCGGGGGUCACCGUGCCCGGCGCUCUGGGGCGAGAGUGCUGCGGCCCCGUGCGCCUCGGGCCGGGAUCGAGACCGGGCUCCCCCCCCCGCCCCCCGCGCGGUGUGUGGUGUCGGGGGGGUUCUCGGUUGCGGCGCUUCCUGGAGGCCCUCCCCGGGGCAGCCGACAGCCCCUCCGGCACCACCGGCCCCGGCACCACCGGCCCCGGCCCAGCCAUGAGCGCCAAGGCCGCGGGCUGGGCGGAGCGCGGGGGCCGUUGGCCUUGACCCCGAGGCGUUUCCGCCUCAAACCUCUUCGGGGGGACGCGCCGCCGGGCUGGGUACAUAAACCCCGGCCUGCCUCCGCCAACCGGCUGCCUGCCAUGGCCGGCGCGGGGGGACGAGCCCCUCUGGGUCGGUGCUGGGGUCGAGGGAAGGGCCGGGGAGGGGGCGACUCGCGUGGCAUCACGUCCCCUCUCUCCUUCACGCCUCCAGGUUUCAAGCGGUGGCUGUCCUCGUCUGCCCCGGCUCCUCGUGUCUGCGUGGUGGGCAGCGGGCCCGCCGGGUUUUACACGGCUCAGCACAUCCUCAAGCACCACAAUGGCGCUCAAGUGGACAUCUAUGAGAAGCUGCCUGUUCCUUUUGGGCUCGUCCGUUUUGGGGUGGCCCCAGACCACCCCGAAGUGAAGAACGUGAUCAACGCCUUCACACAGACGGCACGCUUGGAGCGCUGUGCCUACUAUGGAAACAUCACCGUGGGGAGGGAUGUCACGGUGGCAGAGCUGCGGCAGGCUUACCACGCCGUGGUGCUGAGUUACGGUGCUGAAGAUAACCGGGUCCUGGGGAUCCCAGGAGAGAACCUCUCCGGCGUUUAUUCAGCCCGAGCGUUUGUAGGCUGGUACAACGGGCUGCCCGAGAACCGGGAUCUGAAGCCUGACCUAAGCUGCGAGACGGCACUGAUUGUGGGUCACGGCAAUGUGGCGCUGGAUAUUGCCCGGAUCCUCUUGUCCCCGCUGAGUCUCCUCAGGAAGACAGACAUCACUGACUGCUCCCUGGCAGCUCUUGCCUGCAGCAAGGUGAAGCGCGUCUGGCUGGUUGGGAGGAGGGGACCUCUCCAAGUUGCUUUCACUAUCAAGGAGCUGCGGGAGAUGAUAAACCUGCCUGGUGCCAGACCCGUCCUGAACCCUGCUGACUUCACAGGCCUUGAAAAUGCUAUUAAAGAUGCCCCCAGGCCCAGGAAACGACUGACUGAGCUGAUGAUCAAAACAGCCCUGGAGAAGCCUGGGGAGAAGACAGUGGAGGUGCAGGCAGCAGCUACGCAGGCAGUGGCCCCCCGGGAGUGGGGACUGAAGUUCCAGCGCAGCCCCCAGGAGGUGCUGCCCACCGCUGACGGGCGGCGGGUGAGGGGUGUCCGCAUGGCCCUGACCCACCUGGAGGGCUCAGGUGACUCCGCCAAAGCUGUCCCCACUGGAGACGUGGAGGAGCUGGAAUGUGGGCUGGUGCUCAGCAGCAUUGGCUACCGGAGCCUGCCCCUGGACCCGUCGGUACCCUUCAACACCCAGCGCGGCAUUAUCCCCAACAGCUCGGGCAGAGUGGAGGGUGUCCCAGGUCUGUACUGCAGCGGGUGGGUGAAGAGAGGCCCCACGGGCGUGAUCAUCACCACCAUGAACGACAGCUUUGACACAGCCCAGUCUGUGCUGGAGGAUCUCCAGGUGGGCGUGCUGGACGUGUCCGCCUCCAGAGAAGGCUUUGGGGCCGUGGGGAGCAUCCUGCGCAGCCGAGGGGUCCAUCCCGUUUCCUUCUCGGACUGGGAGAAGAUAGAUGCUGCUGAAGUGGCAAGAGGCAAAGCUGCUGGCAAACCCCGGGAGAAGAUCGUGGAUCCUCAGGAGAUGCUGCAGUUGAUCGGUCACUAAAGCAGCAGCAAUGGGAAUGUGGCACUGGUCCAGCCGGACUGUCUGGGGGCAAUGCCAGUGGCUUACAGGCAGGGCUCGGGGGCACAGGGCUUGUGUCUGGGGCUAGUGGCCACUCUGGGGAGGCGUGUGGCACUUGAGCCUCUCUAGUAACGAUGAACUCUGGGUUCCUAAAGUGAGUGUUUCAAAAUGUCUGAGGCUGCUGGCUGGCCCUGCAUCUCUGCAGCCAGCUGCUGCCCCCGGAUGAUUCUUGUCAUUUGGGUCCUUCGAGCGUUAACGAGUUGGCUGGGUGAGGGGAGAUGCGCACCUGGAGGAGGCCUGGCCAGACGCUUCCCCCAUGGCGAGUCACAUAGAUAAACUUCCUUGUGUCUUGCUGCUUCCUCUUUAAGCCUUGAGCCAAAUGGCUUCAUUGCCUCGUCAUUCGUGCCUGAGCAGGCUUCUUUUAAUAAUAAUUGUUUUUUAAAUAAACCCUUCCAGGAAAGCCAAAUUGGA